AUGAAGUUCAGAUUCAAAAAGAUACUCUUCCCCGUCAUUACAUCUCUGCUAAUCUUCUCCUCCUUCCCGCCGCCAGUUUCCUGCAGGUUCUUCCCAAACACAUCCUCAAUCCCACGCAAUUUCCCUGCUCUCAACCCCAAUUUCACCACCGCCUGGGACUCCUUCCGAAACCUCUCCGGCUGCCGCGCCGGCGAGAAGCUGGACGGCUUGUCUAAGCUCAAGAAGUACUUCCGCCACUUCGGCUACAUCCCCGACGCCGACGGCAACCUCACCGAUAUAUUCGACGACUCGCUCGAAUCGGCGGUGGAAACUUACCAGCGGAACUUCAACCUCAACGUCACCGGCCAGCUCGACGACCGGACGAUCCGCCAGAUCGUGCUCCCCAGAUGCGGCAACGCCGACAUAGUCAACGGCUCCACGACGAUGAACUCCGGCGGGAGACCGCCGGCGAACACGACCGGCCGCAUCCACGCGGUGGAGCGGUACUCGUUCUUCCCAGGGAUGCCCCGGUGGCCGGCGAGUCGUCGGAACCUGACCUACGCGUUCUUCCCGGGAAAUCAGGUGUCGCGGGAGGUGAAGAGCGUGUUCGCCGCCGCGUUCCACCGCUGGUCGGCGGUUGCGCCGUUGACUUUCACGGAGACGGAGGAUUACAGCAACACGGACAUCCGGGUUGGGUUCUUUGGCGGCGACCACGGCGACGGGGAUGCGUUCGACGGCGUUUCGGGGACCCUGGCCCACGCGCUGGAGCCGCCGAGCGGGCGGCUUCACCUCGACGAGGCCGAGAACUGGGUGCUUUCCGGCGAGAUCGAAGUGGCAACGGCAGCCGUGGAUCUGGAGUCGGUGGCGGUGCACGAGAUCGGGCAUUUGUUGGGUUUGGGGCACUCGUCCGAUGAAUCGGCGAUCAUGUUCCCGAGCAUUGGUCCGGGGACUAGAAAGGUUGAAUUGGCGCAGGACGACAUCGACGGUUUGCUGCAGUUGUACGGCAGCAACCCCGAUUUCAACGGCACAUCUACGCCGUCGGUUCAGGGGAGGGACUCGAGUGCCGCCCGUAAUUUGCAGGAGAGGAGAUGGGGUGUUUCUUUCUUGCUGGCCGUUGGAUUUAUAUUGCUUUUUGAAUAA